GCCGACGGACUGACGGACGGGGCGACAGACAGGAAGAGGGGACAGGAAGUCGCGCGGGCUCUUCCAUCCUUUCGAGCGGGCGGCGGCGGCCGCUGCUGCGGGGCUGCCCGGAGCCACUCCUCGCCGUCGACCGACGCCUCGCCGGCGGGAGAAGCCACAACCCGGAUAUGGCUCGUGGACAGCAGAAAAUCCAGUCACAACAGAAAAAUGCCAAAAAGCAAGCUGGACAGAAAAAGAAGCAAGGCCACGAUCAGAAGGCUGCAGCUAAAGCUGCCUUAAUAUACACAUGCACCGUCUGCAGGACACAGAUGCCAGAUCCCAAGACCUUCAAGCAGCACUUUGAGAGCAAGCAUCCCAAAACCCCACUUCCUCCAGAAUUAGCUGAUGUUCAGGCAUAAAGUUCACUGGUGAAUUCGUGGAAUCUAUUGACUCUUCUAUUGUCAGACAUUACGUAACAAAUCUGCAGCUGCUUUCUUAACAAACUGUUGAUCAGCAGAAAAAUGAAGGGGCUAUAGAAACAUUCAUAUUUUUAUGCUGUUCCUUGGGCUUCAUGUAAAGACAACUCUGUGUAAUUGUACAGUUGUGCCCUACUUGGAAAUCUGGAAAUUGGUUCAUUCUAAAAAGAAAUUACAGUUGUAAUUAUAUUGAUGUUCAUAUUGUGUAAAAUAACUCAUUUAAUAAAGUAGUACUUUGAUUUUACAAUAUCACAGGUCAAAUGCUUGUAGAAAUUCUAUUUCCAUGUUUCAUUUGCCUUAUAAAACUUCAACAAGUGAACUUCUCACUCUGCCAAAAAUUAGGUAGCUUAGUUAGGGUAGAUUCAUUGCUGUUUAUAAAGUCCAUUAGAAACAAGGAAAUAAUUUCUCCAUUCAAUAUGAUACCUGCUUGAGCGUGA